GCCGUUUGCGGUACUACACAGUUUCAUCACAUAGUUGCUGGCGGCUGGCCGGCCUCUUUCUCUUUCUCGUUUCUGCCCCCUCUGCUUGCCCCCCUUUCAUCUCAGGCGUCGAAGAGAGAGAGAGAGAGAGAGAGGAGUUGCAAGUUGGUGAGAUGGAUCUGUUGGAGCGGAAUAUUAAGACGGAGACGGAGGAGACGCGCAAGGAACAGGAGCGUAAGGAGGAGGAGGCGGAGGCGGAGGCGGAGGCGGGGGAGAGGAAGACCCAGGAGCCGCCGCAGCAAGGCCAGGGCCUCAGCCUCUCACUCGCCAACGGCAGUGGCAGGUCUGGAAUGUUGCCGAUGUCGAACGUGUCCGCUAAUCCUUCACAGCUUACAAUUUUCUAUGGCGGAUCAGUAUGUGUGUAUGACUCAGUGCCACCGGAAAAGGCUCAAGCAAUCAUGCUUAUAGCUGCAGCUGCAGCGGCAGCGGCAGCUACCAAAAGCAGUGCUGCCCCUACUGUUAAGCCUCCAAUGAGCACUUCUGUAGCAACUGGGCAACCUCAGGUUGUUGCUGAACCUAGCUCGAUAUGCAAACUUCAGGCUGAUCUCCCCAUUGCCAGGAGGCACUCUCUUCAGCGUUUCCUUGAGAAACGCCGUGACAGGGUCGUGAGCAAAGCUCCAUACAGCACCGCCAAGUCGUCCGAUGGCAUGGAGUCACCGAGGAUUGAGGUGACAGCGGAGGGCAAGGCCCAGUAACUUGAAAGGUCCCCGCGGAGUCCCAUCGGUGAAGGCUGACGUUGUGGGAAGGGGCAGGGACGCGCUGUUGUUGCCUUAUGUUAUGUGGCGGCGGCAGCGUGGAACCGCACUAAUAAUGUGGACCGGAACCUCUGUUACCGUCGUUUGUGCUGUCGCGUGCUAGGUUUAUGCUGAAGUGGAUUCCUUUACUCCGCACACCGAACUGUGUCUGUUGUACAUCACGCCGUGACGCCGGUGGUCUCGUCUGUCUGACUUCGUUACAUGGAUCGUCUAGUAGUAACGGAAUGCAGUACCACGUGUGGACAUGUGUUUAGUGUGAAAGAUGAUGGGGCUUUGCUUGCUUGUUUCCAC